AUGAAUAAUCGCUCUAUUGCCUGGUGGCUGGGACAGAUCGGCCUGCCCGAGUACACCAAAACACUCGAGCGCGAAUAUUAUGGUCUAGAGGGUUUACUAUACGUGUCAGAUGGAGAGCUGAAGGAUGCAGGAAUAAAAGAUGCAACUCACAGAAAAACCAUCCUCACACAGCUGUCAAGACAUCGACAGAGGCUGGACCCAUACUCUGAUGUGCAGGUUGUGAAGCGCCGAGUCAGUCGAAAAUACUCCCUGGGAUCAUCUCAGGAUAUAGAGAAGCCCAAGGAUCUGUUUCGUCAGAGUGUUCUUCCCCGCCUCCAACGCGCUGAUAAAAAACACCGCCUGUCUGCUUCAUGCUCGCAGCUCCGUCCCCUGGAGGAGGACCACUCCGUCAACCAGGAGAGCAAACACAGCAAGAGGAGGAGUAUCAGUGUAUACUUCAGCCAGUUCAAGUGGUUUGGUGGACGGAGAGAUAUGGACUCACUGAAGAAGGAGCUGGAGGAGGAACUGAAGUUGAGCACUGAAGACCCGAGGAGCCACGCGUGGUACCAUGGACCAUUAACUCGGGAGGCUGCAGAGUCUCUCCUUGAAAGGGAUGGGGACUUCCUCGUCCGAGACUCAAGCUCUGCUCCGGGUGACUUUGUUUUGAGCUGCUUAUGGAAGAACGGCCCCUUGCACUUUAAGAUCAUACGAGUGGUCCUUCGGCCCAAAAAAGGCUACUCUCGGGAGCUGUUCCAGUUUGAGGAGGAUCGCUUUGACAAUGUUCCCGCUCUGAUCCGAUUUUAUGUGGGCGGGCGUCGACCCAUUUCCCAGGCUUCAGGUGCCAUAAUCUUCCACCCAAUCACCAGAACCCUUCCUUUGCGUGUCAUCACUGAGCGACAAGAAGAGCUCCAAAACAGCAGUCGAGGUGCAGGUGGGGGGAAACAGAAAGAGCCCGGCAAAAGACGCAGCCUCAGCACGGCCCACGACACGCUGCAGGUCAUCAAUCCACUGCUGAGGAGUGGCAGCCAGCCUGCUAACUUGGAGAAUGUUGGUCGGAGGCCUUCCCUCCAGUCCGCACAGUCUGACAGUAACAUACAAACUGGCCUUCCACAGAACACUCAGUUGGAGGACACUUGUCCUGCCCCCAUUUCCCCCGUGUUUCGAACAGGCAGCGAACCCCUGCUGAGCCCGGGACCACGUCACACGCGUCCUUCCCAUCCAGGUGGUGGUGUAACUUUGAGAGGUUCCGAUGGGCAGCUGCACCCUAGAGCUCCUCCCAAACCUCUCAGGGUCUCUGCUGUUUUCUCCAACAUUGUACCUCCACCACCCACAGACCGGGACGUGGACCCCUCUUCUUUUUACGAUGAGCUGGUUGUGCAGGAGAAGUGGCAGAGCCGUGCACGCCUCACAGAAACUUCCUUUGGGUUAUUGGAGGCCCAGAGGAAUGAAGCAUCUUCCCAGCUGCCGUUUGACAAAGAGCACCAGCGGAAGGCAGCAGAGGAAGUGAAGGACUGGCAUUUUGAACGACCACAGGUUGAGACAGAAUCAAGUUUUCAGCUGGACCAAUUUGAGUCAGAAAUCUUGCCGAAGAACAAUCGACCUCUGGAGCCCAGUGUUCUGCUCGUGCUCAAAGAGCUCUUCAACCGCUCUGACGCCCACACCACUGCGCUGCACAUGCUCAGUGUUGACUGUCAGGUAGCACGCAUCACUGGGGUGACCGAUGAGCAGAAGAGGAUUAUGGGAGUCGAUUCAGGGUUGGAGCUCAUCACUUUGCCGCAUGGAAACCAGUUACGACAGGAUUUGCUGGAGAGGCAUCAUCUUCUAUCACUGGGAGUGGCGGUAGACAUCCUGGGCUGCACAGGGACUGUUAGCCAGAGGGCAACUGUUUUACACAAAGUAAUCCUGUUGGCUCAUUCUCUGAAAGAACACGUUCACAACCUCUACUCCUUCUCAGCUGUGAUGAAGGCUCUGGAGAUGUCUCAGAUAAUGCGCCUGGAAAUGACGUGGCGGGCCCUGAGGAGGAACCAUACUGAGAGUGCAGUUUUAUAUGAGAAGAAACUCAAGCCUUUCAUGAGUUCGCUGAAUGAGGGAGAUGAUUCCGUUGUAGAAGGUCCCACAGCUGUGCCACAUCUGGUUCCUCUUCUUAUGCUGAUGGAGGGUGAGGACCCUGUGGAAAACAGCGAGCGAGGCUGUCAGCUGCUGUACGAUGUCCUCCAGUCAGCUCGCAGCGUUGCCCUACACGCCCACGAUUAUCAACAGCAUGCACAGUCUCUGCUCACAGGACACUGGGAGCCCGUCCCCAAGCUUCUGGAGGCUUUCCGGACAGAGUUUGCCCUCCGGCUUUUCUGGGGUCAGCUAGGGGCAGCCGCGGACAGAAAGGAGCGUUAUGAGAAGUUUGACAAGAUACUUUGUGUUCUCUCAGAUAAACUGGAACCUGUGGAGAUCACCCAACAACAACAACCAGAUCCUUUAACUUAA